GCGAGCCGUGGGCCUAGCUUGACGCGUUUAACUGUCUUCUUCCGCUUCCUGCUCUGCUGAACGCGGCGUGGGAAAGAUGCCCUUGCGACCGAGCGUUGCUUUUGAAUGAGCGCCGCUGCGCUUCCAUCGGCGGAGGGAGAAAUCGAUCACGCUGCUGGAGUUUAGAAGGGAAGCGGGUGGCGGGCUUUUCCCGGAGGGUUGGAGACACGUGAAGCUGCGGGCUAACCAGAUUAGAGUCCAAAGUGUAAGCACACCGAAAUGUCUGGUCUGCGGGGGAAAGGAUCAGCCCGUAAAUCCAAACAAAUUGUGAAAACUUCUUUGAACAAUCCAUAUAUUCCACAAUGGUGUACACUGCCAGGAGAGGAUAUGCAUUUUGUCUUGCAGACCUUGGAAGAAAUCAUGAAGCAGAUUGGGUUUAAAAAGAUAGAGGAUCAGAAGAGAAUGAAACCCACCUCUAGAAAAAGGCGAAAGAAGGAAGAAUGUUCCAAUUUUCCGAGCAAAUUUAAUGAGGACAAAGGGGCUGAUGAUUCAAAAGCACAUGGGUGGUCUGAUAUGCAAAUCAGGAACCAGCUUGCUAUUGGGAUCAACGAGGUAACUAGAGCCUUAGAAAAAAAUGAAUUGUGUCUGGUACUGGUAUGCAAAUCUGCCAAACCUGCCUUGCUAACAUCUCAUCUGAUUCCACUCAGUGCAAGUCGAGCUAUUCCAGCUGGGCAAGUUCCACGUCUCAGCGAAACAUUAGCCCCCGUGCUUGGAUUAACAUCUGUGCUAGCUUUGGGGUUUAAAAGAACUGCUGAUGUGUUUGCAAAGGUACUUGAAGUAAUUAUUCCACGAAUUCCUAGUUUAGAUCUGCCAUGGAUACAGCAUGGAACUGAACCACUUUUAAUAAAUGAUACUAAUGUUAUGACUGUUUCAGCUACCGAAUUCACCGAGUCUACCCCAGUAGGAAGCUCUCUCGGUCACAAGUGGAAACUAGCAGAUAACAGCCCACUUGCUUCACCUACUCUGCAGACACUUAAAGUUAAAAAUGUAGUUCCCAACCCAAAAAAAUGCCGCAAGCUUCCCAAAACUAAAAAACGUAUUUCGAAGUAAUGUUGAUUGCUAGACUUUGCAUUUCCAUUUGCCUAAACUGAUGUAUAAUAAUGUGAUAUCACUAAAAGCGUUUUUUUCCAAAGGUAUGUUUUUUUAAAGUUGUACCCAUGUAGAAGGGGCCAUUUACUCAAUAUAUAUAAUGCCUAAAAUAAUUUCCUUUCCCCUCCAUUCUUGUUAUUUCUUCCCCUUAUUUUUUUUUUUUCAUUUUUCAUUUUAUAUUUUUCUUCUGCUUUCCCUUAGCCAAUUUCCAGCCAGUGAAGAAACAAGGGGAAUGUGUUCAUGCAUGCCAACAGAAAAAUUAGUUCAUUGUAUAAGUAGCCUGUUCCAGGUGAUUUUUAUUAAGAAUUAUGAAUUCAAUAAAUAUAACUUAUUUAUCCUGGCUAUAAUUUUUUGGAAUGUGGCUUCUGCAGUAGAUACAGCAUGGAAAUAUGUAUGUAUUCUAUAAGUGUGUACAUGUAUAUAUAAAGUUUGUUUCUAGUGAUGUUGGUAACCUUAAGUAGGCAAGAUGGAAAAGCUGGCCGUUGUACAUGAUGUUGGAAUAAAAAUCAUAUUUAGUUCAUGUUGCCUUCUAUAGUUAAUUAGGAUGGCCUUUCCUAAUCUGAUGCUCUCCAGAUAUUUUGGGUUACAACUUUCAUCUUCCCCAGCCUAUAUGGAUGUAUCAUUUUAAACAGAAUACCUUGGUUUUUGAAGUAAUAAAUAUUUUAGGUUAAACAUAAUUAUUCAAAACAAAAUAGUAUGAAAGUGAUACAUUUAUUCAAACAUUCAUUGGUGCCAAUAAAAUUCAAGAACUGUUAAGAUACUGUAACUGAAAACAGCUGCACAUUUGACAGCACAGCCUUUUUCUGUUUAAUAUUUUUUUUCUUAAACAGUUGAUUUUCAUCAAGUAGAACAUGCAGAACUGAGCAUAGAUGCAUUUUGCUUUUAAUAACACAAAUUACUUUCUUUAGCGUAUCAGAUCAGUUCCCUGCACUAAGAUAGAGAGGCAUUUGAGACUAGAGGCUUUUGGAUUAAUAGCUUGUGAGGUGCACUGGUCCAGAGAAGCAGAUUUCUGAGAGGAGGACACAGUAUUGUCAUAUUCAGAUAAAUACGUUAUUAAAUCCAAGCACUAAAAUUGGUCCUAGUUGUAUAAUUAAAAUAAUUGUUUGGAAUAAACUUCAUUGAGUUGCUAUAGAACGGGUGUUAGAAAUAGGAAAAUUGGAAGGAGAAACAGGAUAGGGAGUAUAGAACUGUGUCCUUUAAAAAGGUGUAAGUUAUUUUUAAGUACAGAUUUUUCGCAACUAAUGCAAAAUCCAGAAUUAGUGCUAUUGGGAGUUUCUGGUAACAUUUCAAGUUAUAAUUCCUAGUUUGUAUGCAACAUUAGCUUUUGGAAAAACAUGUACAAGAGUCCGUUCCCCCAUUAACUAUCUAACAAUAGGAAAAGAGUGCAAGCUUGAGAUUUGGCAACUGAAAUAGCAAUUUUUGAUUUAGGGUGAGUGAAAACACACACUCUUCUUUCUAAGCUAGGCUAUUGGAAUCUCUUUGAAAUUUUCCAAAUUUGGAAAUGUACAAACAUGGUUUCAAUAUUUGGUUAAAUUGCUUGUUAUACUAUCUAGCAAGGCUACUAAUAAAUUAGGAUC